AUGGGCUCUCAUACGGCAGUCUCCCCUCAACCACACGUUCCCCCGUCGGGGGUUUGGUGUCCUGCCGUCACUUACUUCAACCAUGCCACAGACUCCCUCGACCUGACUGCGCAGGCCCAAUACUUCGCCUAUCUCGCGCAAACAGGCCUGGCGGGCUUGGUAAUUCUCGGUACCAACUCAGAAGCCUUCCUGCUCACUCGUGAGGAACGCGCCCAGCUCAUCGCAACUGCCCGCAAGGCCGUCGGACCCGACUUUCCCUUGAUGGCCGGCGUCGGCGCCCAUUCGACCAAGCAGACCCUCGAACUCGCUCAAGAUGCUGCUGCGGCCGGUGCCAACUACGUCCUCGUGCUUCCCCCGGCGUAUUUCGGCAAAGCUACCAACAUGAAUGUCGUGAAGCGGUUCUUCUCAGAAGUCGCGGCCAAAUGUCCUAUCCCCGUGGUCCUCUAUAAUUUCCCUGGCGUGUGUAACGGAGUCGACAUGGACUCGGAGACCAUCACUGCUAUCGUGCGGGAAUCUGCUGCCUCCAACGCCAAUGGCCAGUCCAACGUCGUUGGUGUCAAGCUCACCUGCGGUUCCGUGGGCAAGAUCACUCGGUUGUCAACCACCUUCAAGUCCGAGGAAUUCGCAACUUUUGGAGGGCAAUCUGAUUUCCUCAUCGGUGGUCUUGCCGCUGGUAGUGCUGGGUGCAUUGCCGCGUUUGCCAACGUAUUUCCCAAGACUGCAUCGCGCGUCUAUGCUUUGUACCAGAAGGGCCAGAUCGAGGAGGCCAGGAAGCUGCAGGGUCAGGCCGCGUUGGCGGAAAGUCCCAUCAAGAGUGGCAUCGCAUCGACCAAGUAUGCGGUCGCGUAUUACACGGCCCCAUUAGCAGGCAUUGCUGGCGCAGAGGAGAUGCUCCAGCCCCGCCAUCCGUAUGAGCCCGUGGCAGAGCCGGCUAAGAAAGCUGUUCAGGAGGUGAUGGCCGAAGUGGGAGAGAUUGAGAAGUGUCUGUAA